AGACUGCAAUGUAAAUGUCCAAAAAUUCUUGCAAAAACAUGUGCAUCAUGCAUUUUUCCCCCUUUAUAACUACCUUUCCAUUGGUAGAAAUAAUUAAAAUAAGAAGUGCUUAAACAAAAACAUCUGCAAAAAAAGUGCUAAAAAAAUCCCGAAAGAUCGACCAAAGACGCUGUGCCGUUUUAAAAACAAGAACAGUUGAUUCAAAUCAGUUUUACAAAAAUGUGAAAUUACAUGCCUCGAUAAAGCAAGCAAAAGACUGCUGUUAUCCAUUGAGAAGCACUUGUGCUGUGUCUAAUACCUAGAUCACUUUAUGCCAGUGUAUUAAGUUAAUCCAAGGUGACCUGUCUCAGUGAUAUCGCAGCAGAGGCUUUUCACUACACAUGAAGACUGCAAUGUAUCUACCGUAUGUGCUACUGCGACUGAUCCAGGUCUGACAUGAAAAAUACCCUGGAUUUCCUCUUUCUCUAAUUUCUACUGCAGCUGAUCAGGAGGUGUAGAAGCCAAAACCUUGCACAGAGGCCUACAUUUGAGCAAAUAAAGAAACUGCUCUAUAAGAUGAAUCCGAACAAAGUCAGUCCCGUGGAUAUGAUGAUGACACUGAUGGAAAAAUAUAGUAAACAUCUGGAGCUGUUAGUUGCUGAACGUACCCAAGAUCUAAUGCAUGAAAAGCAAAAAACAGACAGAUUACUGUACAGUAUGCUACCAAGACAGGUUGCAGAUGAUCUGAGACAAGGAAAACACACACAAGCUCAAAGCUAUACCAGCGCAACUGUAUUUUUUAGUGACAUUGUGGGGUUCACCCAUUUGUCCAGCACCAGUACACCGUACCAGGUGGUAGAUUUCCUCAACAAACUCUACACAACCUUUGAUGACAUCAUUGACAACUAUGACGUCUAUAAAGUGGAGACGAUAGGCGAUGCCUACAUGGUUGUUUCUGGAGUGCCUCAAGAGAAUGGUAUUUACCACGCCGGUGAAAUUGCAAGCAUGGCUCUAGACCUAGUUGCUGUGUGCAAGACAUUUCAAAUUCCUCAUAAGCCAAACACUCAGCUCAGGAUCCGUGCUGGAAUUCACUCUGGACCUGUAGUUGCUGGAGUUGUUGGGACAAAAAUGCCACGGUACUGCUUGUUUGGAGACACAGUGAACACAGCGUCAAGGAUGGAGUCGACAAGCGAAGCACUCAAAAUUCAGUGCAGCCCCAGUGCAUAUGAUCUACUGAAACAAAUUGGAGGUUAUGUUCUGGUGUGUCGUGGGACAUUAUCUAUUAAGGGCAAAGGAGACAUGACAACUUACUGGCUCGAGGGUAAGACUGGAGCAUCGACAAAGAAUAUCAACCCAAACGCCUCUGGAGUUUUUAAGGAAGUUGAAAGAGAGGCCUAUGAUCUGAUACCAGGAGUACUAUCCACUGAAGCACUGUCAACUUCAUUCUGAAUGGUGUUAUCGUGCUCUCUUUUAAAUUAGUAUAAACUCUAUGUGAGUCCUAUUAUGGAUGAGUAAGCUGGUGUAUCUGAUCUGAUCUGCAGGAAAUCACAAUGGCUCAGAGACUAGCACGGUACUGGAUGACAUUCUUUAUAGCAGCUAAAAACUUGAUGGCUUAAAGGUACUGUCAAGGAGAGGAGAAGGUGCAAUAAUCAAGAGUAUACGCUUUUGGACUUGUUCUGGCUGAACAACAGAAGUGCAUUAUUUGGUGGGUUAUGUUUGUCAAGUCCCAUGUUAGUAUGGUUGAGAAGGCUCAUCACGUGGGGGGUCUUAAAUGUUUCUUUCUCACUAUUACUUCUGUAGCAAAUGUGACACUAUUACAUACUGUUGACUAUUACUUGAAUGUUAAGGAUUAAAAGGUCAGUCUAUCCAAAA